CUCGUCUAAUUUAUAAAUUUUAAUAAACAUAACAUGAAAAAGUUUUACAGAAUGAAAACAGUUCAAUGCAUAUUGACUUUGUAUGUCUGGAACACUCGAAUCGUAUUUUCGUCAACAAACUUCGAAUCUGUCUGCAAAGUUAAACCACAUGAAGGGUCCUAAAACGUAACACAUUCCGUAAACGUGACAUCUAAUGUCUCUGUCAAUGUCACCCUAGUGCUUUGAAGUUUGACGUUAGCAAAAACAUUGUUUAUUUUCGACCGGGUCAAAAUUGGUGUAUUUUACUAAUUUUAUACUUCUUACAUGCACACGUAUUAAACGUAACCUUAUAAUAUUAUUAUACAGAAAUAUGUAUAAGUUGGAAAGUUUUAACACUGAUAGCACAACGACAUUUACAAGUUUAUUGAAAACAAAAUGGAAUGAAUUGCACAAUAAUACAAGUACGUUUCGGUACAAAAUCGAUAAACUACAGAAGAAAAUUGUAAAUGGAAAAUAUUUACUCCUGUUGAAUCCAGAUCGAUGGUCUAAGAGGCGACAACCAGAAGCUAUGAAUGAUAUUUGCCAACCAUUUGAUGUGACUAAGUUUAACUUCACUAAAGUUUCACUUGAAGAAAUCUUAUUUUCAAUCGAAGGCAAAGAUUCAGACGUACAUUCAGUGUUAGUUAAUGACAGUCCUAUAUCUAGAUACCACUCACUAUUGUGUCCUUCAAUAAACAAACACCUGCCGCAAGUUGUGACACCAGACAGCCUGGAAUUGGCCGUACAAAUCAUGUUUACUAUACAGGAUCGGGAUAUGCGGAUAGUGUUCAACAGCAUGUGCGGAUAUGCUUCAGUUAAUCAUUUGCACUAUCAUCUACUUGAAGAACAGAAUACUCUUUAUGUUGAAGAUGUGCAAUGGACACAUGUCAAAGGAAGCAUUUACCGCUUAGAUGAAUCUUAUCCCGUUCCCGCCAUUUGUUUUGAAGUACAAAAACACAACUUGAAUACAUUGAAAGAAGUUUGGAAAGUUCUGGAAUACCUUCUAAAGAAAUCAAUUGCCCAUAACAUGUUAAUAACAAAAAGGUCAAGGCAAGGAGGUUGCGAUGAUGCAGUUUGUGUUGUUAUCUGGCCAAGGAAAAGUACUGCAGGAGCUAAGCCUUUGGGCGCAUUCAAUGUUGCUGCGUUAGAAUUAUCUGGAUGGUUUACGAUCUAUAAUUCUGAAGACUUCAACAGAUUACAGGCUGAAGAUCUUGAAAACGAACUUGUGAAGUGGAAUAUCGAUGAUUUUUCUCAACUUUGUGAAGAGAUUAAGAAUCUAUAGCAAUUAUUAUAAGCACAAAUAUUAUUUAUACCUACCACUGGUUCUGAUCACCUGAUCAUGUAAUAUUGGAAUGUGAUGGUAUUAGUACAAUUUAUGUUGUAUAUAAGAGCUGUUUUCAGUUAUAAUUAAAUAAUGGAAUUAA